AAAGAUGUCAGUCGUAAUUGAAACCACUAUUGGUGAUCUUACCGUAGACUUAUAUACAAAGGAAAGACCGAAGUCAUGUUUAAACUUUAUUAAACUGUGUAAACAGAAACGAUACAACAUGAAUCUUUUUCACAUGGUUCAAUCAAACUUUAUUGCACAGACUGGUGACCCAACAGGGACAGGUCGAGGUGGGGAAUCAAUAUUUGGAGAGGUUUACGGUCAACAAGCCAGAUUUUACGAGGCUGAAACAAAUCCGAGGAUAAAGCACACAAAGCGAGGCCUGAUCUCAAUGGUGAACUGCGGGGACAGUAUGCUCGGCUCACAGUUCUUCUUUACUUUAGGUGAGGAGUUAACUUAUCUGGAUGGGGAGCACUGUGUGUUUGGAGAAGUAGUAGAGGGCUGGGAAACUCUGGAGAAACUUAACAAUACUAUUUGUGAUCUUUCUAACAGACCCUACCAGGAUAUUCGAGUAACACACACCGUUAUCCUUCAUGAUCCAUUCGAUGAUCCUCCAGGACUAGAACCACGGGAUCAUUCUCCAGAACCUACUCAGGAAAUGUUGGCUAGCUCAAGGAUAGGUGCUGAUGAGGACAUCAACGACUACGCCGGGAAGACGGAGGAGGAGAUCAACGAGCUCAUCGCGACAAAGGAAGCUAACGCUAGAGCUACCAUACUGGAGAUGGUUGGAGACCUUCCUGACGCUAAUGUUGCUCCACCCGAGAACGUUCUGUUUGUCUGUAAGCUCAAUCCUGUCACUAAUGAUGACGAUCUAGAAAUCAUCUUCUCAAGGUUUGGGAAGAUUGUCUGCUGUGAGGUGAUCAGAGACAAGAAGACAGGAGACUCCCUACAGUACGCUUUCGUCGAGUUUGACAACCAGGCCUCCUGCGAGCAGGCUUACUUUAAGAUGGACAACGUCCUCAUUGACGACAGAAGGAUUCACGUGGACUUCUCCCAGAGUGUGUCGAAGUACAGGUGGAAGGGUAAGGGUCGGCUGGAGGUUAUGGAUGAGAAGAAGGGAGGGGGGGAUUUAAAGAAUGAAAUACAGAAAAGGCGACAAACUUCUCCCUCUCGGCGGCCUGCACGUGCACACUCUCGGGAACGCUAUGUAAAACAUAGAUCUCAGAUCCGCGAACGAUCCAGGGAUCGUAGGCCUGAACCUGAUCGGCGACGGGAAAAGGAGAAUGUAGAAAAGUCAAAAGACCGCCGACGGUCCAGGUCUAAAGAUUACAGAGAUAAAGAUUAUCAACGAUCUAAUGAUCGUGUUCGACAGCGAUCACGAUCAAGAGACUUAAAGGAUAAACGACGUGAUGUCCGUGAAAGAUCCCGAGAGAGGCGAAGAUCUGUGGAUAAAAAACGAGAACACAAAGAUCGAUCCAGGUCUCGAGAUAUGAAGAGAACAAGUGACAGAAGAGAUGAAAGAAGAAUAGAAGGAAAAACAAAACAUAGACGGGAAAGAAGUUAUUCUUGAAAUAUAUAAAAUUGUUUCUGCAUUUCAGAUUAAAAAUGGUCGCUGAAUUCAACAUAGUUAACUCUCUUAAAAUGUGUGAACCACUUAAUGCUGAACAGGCAACGUCAUGAAUAAAUCUUUUUUUAUGUUUUU